GGCGGCGGCGGCGGCUGCCGCCCUGCUCUCGGAGUCCGGGCGGUGGGGGGGGGGCGAGUCGCUCCAGCUUCGCGGGCACCAUGAGCGGGUUGCAGAACAGUGGUGCCCGAAGACAAUUUUUACUUGAGCGUUUAUUGGAUGCAGUUAAACAGUGCCAGAUCAGAUUUGGGGGAAGGAAAGAGAUCGCUUCGGAUUCAGAUAGCCGAGUUACGUGCCUCUGCGCGCAGUUUGAGUCCGUCCUUCAGCAUGGCUUGAAGAGGACCCGGGGGUUAGCUUUAACUGCAGCCGCCAUCAAGCAAGUUACCGGAUUCUCCAGUAAAACUGAAAUGGAAUCCAUAUUUUGGUACUAUGUGAAGGAAGUUCUUAAUAAACAUGAGCUGCAGCGUUUCUAUUCUCUGAGGAAUAUCACAACGGAUACGGGUCGAGGCCGAGCCUGGCUCCGCUGCGCUCUCAAUGAACAUUCCUUAGAAAGAUAUUUGCAUAUGUUGCUUGCAGAUAAAAAUCAUCUCAGUGUCUUCUAUGAAGACUGGUCCUUCCUGAUGGACGAAGAACGAUCCAGUAUGAUUCCCAUCAUGGCAGCCGGGCUGAACUCCAUUCUCUUUGCAAUCAACAUUGAUAAUAAGGAUUUAAAUGGACCGAGCAAGUGCCCGCCCUCCGUCUCUGACCUUCUCAAGGAAUCCACCCAGAACGUGACCUCUUUGCUCAAAGAAUCCACCCAAGGUGUCAGCACCCUCUUCCGGGAGAUCACAGCUUCGUCCCCUGUUUCCAUGUUAAUCAAAUCCGAUCAAGAUGCUGACCUGCUGCCUAUUUUAUCCAAGUGUGUCAGUGGCGAUUUAAAAUGCCGGAAAGACCGAACGAAGAAAAAGAAGAAAAUCACCAAAAUCAUUUCGUUCGACGACGAAGAGGGCCAACUUCUAGGGACCUCCUUACGGGGGACAGCGGCAGGAGAAGACUCUGAAGAUUGUGGCGAGAGACUUUCAGCCUCGGGAGCGUCUUCUGUAACUGAACAGAUGGACACUCUGCACGGCAACGAGGCUGGGACGUCACUCAAGCAUCCUUCUGAGUAUCUGAACGGGGACUGCGGCUACCUGAAACUGGAUGUCAAAAGUAUAGACGAUGAAGAGGCUGAGGACAAUGAGGACAACACCACCAGGACAUUGAGGAACCACAGUGUGAUGGAAGACACAGAGGUGCUUACAAAACCUGCUGAAGGUGUGACGUCCCAUUCAUUGGUUUGCACGGAGACUCCUCUGCAAAUGCUGAACGACGACUUGGAUGAAUUAUUCCCAGUCAGCGCUGUGGGUUCUUUCUCCCAGACUGAAAAUCUGGAGGAUGGCAACGAACACGGAAGGGCAGAUUUUUCAGUAGAAUUGACUCAGAGCAAUGCUGAAUUGCACUACAGGGUAGAAAGCAGUUCUCCUGUUCAUAAGAAUGCAUUAACUGAACUUCUGCCUUCAGACAGCGUGCCAGAAACAAUGACUGUGGCGGAACUUCGGCAAGCUAUUGUAGCCAUGAUGAACAGAAAACAUGAGCUGGAAGAACAGAACAGUUCCUUGCGGAGCCUCCUGGAGGGGGAGAUGGAACAUUCGGCAGGACUCCGUCAAGAGGUGGACAACCUGAAGAAGAAAGCUUCAGAGCACGAAGAACACCACACAGUGAGGAUUCAGGCCUUGGCAAGGGAGAAUGAGGUGCUCAAAGUCCAGCUAAAGAAAUACGUGGGUGCUGUCCAGAUGUUGAAAAGAGAAGGUCAAACCAUGGACGUCUUGCCAAACCUUUGGAAUGUAGAGAGCGAAUUCUCUAUUCCUGAACAAAAGCAAGUUGAAAACAACGAAGAGCGCGCAAACUCUUAUGAAAGGAAGCUGAUUGAGGUGGCGGAAAUGCACGGGGAACUGAUUGAAUUCAACGAACGUCUCCAUCGGGCCUUGAUGGCCAAAGAGGCUCUCGUGACUCAGAUGAGACAAGAACUCAUAGACCUGAGAGGACCGGUUCCCGGAGAUCUCAGUCAAACCUCUGAAGAUCAAAGCCUGUCAGAUUUUGAAAUAUCAAACCGAGCACUUAUAAACGUCUGGAUUCCUUCAGUCUUUCUCCGUGGGAAAGCAGCAAAUGCAUUUCAUGUUUAUCAAGUAUAUAUCAGGAUCAAAGACGACGAGUGGAAUGUCUAUCGAAGAUAUACGGAAUUUAGGGGGCUUCACCACAAGUUGCAGAUGAGGCACCACCAAGUACGAAGCUUUAACUUCCCACCCAAGAAAGCUAUUGGAAACAAGGAUGCAAAGUUUGUGGAGGAACGACGGAAGCAGUUGCAGAACUACUUAAGAAACGUGAUGAACAAAGUCAUCCAGACUCUGCCAGAAUUCAUUGCCAGCCCCAAAAAGGAGACUCUCAUCCAACUGAUGCCCUUUUUUGUAAACUUUGGGCCCAGCUGCGGUCGUAGGUUGAGGACUACCGGCGUUCCCACACAGAUAGAGGGACUUCCAGCCUGCAGGAGAAUCGGCCACCAAAACCAGUUACCGGCGAGCCACCCCCCACUUCUCAAGGCUGUCUCGGAACCACACCAGGGAACCCCGCAAUCCGGAACCUCAAAGUGGUGACCUUUGACCUGUGACCCCUGCAAGGACCUCGUCAUGUAGGCAGCCGUUGAGUUUGCCCUGAGGAUCCAAGUCUGUGUGAGGCGACAAGAAGCAGCCAACAACGGGAUGGAAGCGAUCCUCCGAAAAAAUACCGCCCUGUUGAAAGGCUCCAUUGCCCAAUUGGAAAAGCCACCUUCAGAGUCGCAGCCCUUUCCCAAAACAGGGUGGGCUCUCUUUUGCCCUAGGGCAGUGUUUUCUGCUCUUAAGUUGUGUGAACUGCAACUCCCAGAAUUCCCCAGCCAGCCAUUCCUCGUGCAGAUUGGGGUACUCUGGGAGUUGAAGUCCACCCAUUUUAAAAUUCUCGAGCUGGAGAAAUGCAGCGAGAGAGGGAGGGAGAAAAAAGGAAGGGUGGAAAGAAACGAAGGAAGGAAAAGAAGAAAAAGAAAGAAAGAAAGAAAGAAAGAAAGAAAGAAAGAAAGAAAGAAAGAAAGAAAGAAACUUUCCAUUUUCUUUGAUUAAUCCCAUAAGCACCAUGGCUUCAUUUUCAUCUGUGAGAGUUUUUAUACAUCUUACGAUGGUGAUACAGUUUCCUUUGGAACCAGAAUGGUUCUCUUCGCCUUCCAGAUUCCUCAGAAUGACAUUUCCCAUAACUGCACCUAUAGUGAGCAUUAUCGAGCUAUUUAUUUUAAGCCCUCCCCCCCCCACUAUCCUUUAUUUUUGCUCUCUUUUUUUCUCCCACGUUGGAGCAGUAAGAAGCAACAGGGAGAUGGUUUUCAUGUUUCUCUGCCAUUCAUCUCCGAUCUUGUCAGGCCAAAACCACCGAUUCAUUGAUGAAUCAUCUUUGCUUUGAUGUUGAGGCCGUUUGACAUUCAUCAUUCUUUUGAAGUGGAAUUAUUAACGAUGAGCCGGGCGGGGGGGGGGGGGCGGGAAAAAGCUUCCCGAGCAGAAACUUUCCACCUGUUUGCCUGAACUUCCACUAUUGAUUUUUGGGGGGAGCAUGUUGACAAAAGGCCUCUCUCAGCAUCAAAAUAAGUGGACCGCUUCAGGCUGUUCUUUUCAUCCUCUUAAAAAAAAGAAAGAAGGGAAUGGAAAUCAGCUUGGCAAAGCCUUCAAAAAUGAAACAACCGGGGCUCGUCCCCAUUAACUGAAAGGUUUUCUCGUAAAAAUGACUCAAGGGGUCCAAACAGAAGCGAUGGGACAGCUGAAGGGGAAAACGGAGCCCAGUUCACUCAGAACACCCUACGCUUGCCUGGGCUGUCAAUCAUAACUCAGCUCUUCUUCAAGACCCUUCUCUCAACGCUCAGCAAGGAUGGUGCCUACCCUUCCUUGAAAGAGCAUCCACGUCUCCCGUCAAUAUUUAAAUAGGGUACACCUCUAUUUUAUUCUAUUAAACUCCCUAUAAUGGGCUGACCCUCCCCUUGUUGAAUAUCAAAGCAGUUUCCCAGAAAAGCAUUUGCACGCAGAUAGUUUUUUUGCACUCUCUCUGUUUCCAAAUAACGGACGGAUUCAUGAACGGUUGAGCAAGCUGGUAGUUAGCUCAAAAGAGCAUGGAGUAAUCAACUUUUGGGGAGUUACAUCUGUCUGAAUUAGCACAAAUCAGCGAGACUAAGUGUGAAUAACAGACCACGAGGAACUGGGUGGGAUUCCUGCCCAGGGUUGAUUGCGCUGGCCUUGUGGACAAUCUCCCAAGUUUUGGGGGCAGCCACAUUGCAGCUGAAAUCAAGAUGAGAUGGAUUCUAGGUGCUCGGCAAUGACUCGUUUUGAGCUUGGCUGAAUAAUGAAAAUGUUAUCUUUGCA